AUGGAUGCGGAGGACACCAAGAACCCCGUACAAAGGGGUGGCAGCUCCCCCAACCGCAAGGUUACCUUCAACAGGGAGUGCGAGGUUAUUCCCGACAGCGAUGAAGAGACUGUGGAGCUCCCGGUUGAGCAGACGGACAAGGAUGCGAAAAUCCAAAUGAUUGUAUUCAUGAUAACCAUCAUCUUCCCCCUAGCAGGCUGCAUUCUCUACGCCUACAGUCGCAACUCCAGGCGCGACUCCCCCCGUUACAUCUGGGCUUACCGCGCGCUGCAGCUGGGUACCGCUCUCAGCGUCAUCUACAGUUUUAUCAUAUGUUCCUUUCUCCACCACUACCAGCUGCAGUCCCUCAAGGGGGAUGUCACUGGAUUCUCAUAUACACAGGGCAGAAUCUAG